GCUCCGUCGGCUCACGUAAAGUUGUGUUGACAGGAGGAGUGGCACUUGUCAGCAGUAAGCGUUAUAAUGGAGUAAGAGCCACGGUAGUUUAUAGACGGCGUUUCUGUUCUAAAUGACAAGCAUUAUUCACACUGUUGAAGCAGCGAAACUAUGGCAGAUGAGCAGAGUUCUCAGUCCUGGUCCAUCGACAAGGAUGAUUACGUUCUCAAUGAGGUGAUAGGAAGUGGAGCCACUGCAGUGGUCCAAGCAGCAUAUUGUAAGCCUAGAAAGGAGAAGGUGGCCAUCAAACGCAUUAACCUGGAAAAGUGUCAAACUAGUAUGGAUGAACUCCUGAAAGAGAUCCAAGCUAUGAGCCAGUGCCACCACCCAAAUAUCGUGUCUUAUUAUACUUCCUUUGUGGUGAAGGAUGAACUGUGGCUGGUGAUGAAGCUGCUUAGUGGUGGCUCAGUGUUGGAUAUCAUCAAGCAUAUUAUCUCUCGCGGUGAGCACAAAACAGGAGUGUUGGAUGAAGCCAGCAUAGCCACCAUCCAGGAAGUGUUGGAGGGUUUGGAGUACCUUCACAAAAAUGGACAGAUUCAUCGGGAUCUAAAGGCUGGAAAUAUUCUUCUUGGGGAUGAUGGUUCAGUCCAAAUCGCUGAUUUUGGGGUUAGUGCCUUUUUAGCAGCAGGAGGAGACAUGACUAGGAACAAGGUCCGUAAAACAUUUGUUGGGACGCCGUGCUGGAUGGCACCAGAAGUCAUGGAGCAGGUUCGUGGCUAUGAUUUCAAGGCAGACAUCUGGAGUUUUGGGAUAACAGCCAUCGAACUGGCCACUGGAGCUGCGCCGUAUCACAAAUACCCACCAAUGAAGGUGCUGAUGUUGACUUUGCAAAAUGACCCUCCCUGUCUGGAAACUGGCAUCACAGAUAAGGAAAUGGUGAAAAAAUAUGGCAAGUCUUUCCGGAAGAUGAUUUCACUGUGUUUGCAGAAAGAUCCAGAAAAAGGUCAGCCAACUGCUGCUGAAUUGUUGAAGAAUAAAUUUUUCACAAAAGCCAAGAAUGAUGAGUACCUGCAGGAGAAACUACUGCAGAAGGGCCCAACAAUAACUGAUCGCUCCAAAAAGGUGCGCCGUGUGCCAGGCUCUAGCGGCCGUCUCCACAAAACAGAGGAUGGCGGAUGGGAGUGGAGCGAUGAUGAGCUGGAUGAGGAGAGUGAGGAGGGCAAAGCUGCUGUGGUAGCGCUGCGGGUGAGACUCUGAGCAGUGGCUUCUCCCCUGACUCAGUAACUUUGAAAUAUGGAUAUGGUACACUUUUGUCUUCUCUUUCUUUAUUGUAAGCAUGACUUUGGGGUGC